CUCAUUACACUUGCAUGUGCAACAACCCGACCCGAUACCCGACCCGGCCCACAUUUCCAACCCAUUUCACACCUUUUUCUGUUUCCGCCGCCGACUGAUCGGAAUAAUCGAUCCCGAGAGAAUAACUGAAUCUUUCACCGGAGUUCAACGCCGAUGACGAUUGCGGCAGCACAAGCACGCCAGACAGAUCGAUCAGCCACUGGUUUCACUUUCGCUACGACGGCGAAGGCGGUGACUGUUCCGGUUCAAGUUCCACCGGGAACUGUGGUUUCCGAAGGAUUAGGUAAAGAUGCGUUGAUCUCAUGGUUCAGAGGAGAAUUCGCGGCGGCGAACGCGAUAAUCGACGCGAUGUGUUCGCAUCUUAGGAUAACUGAAGAAGCGGUGUCUGGAUCGGAAUAUGAAGCUGUUUUCGCGGCGAUCCAUCGCCGGCGUCUGAAUUGGAUCCCUGUUCUUCAGAUGCAGAAGUAUCAUUCCAUCGCUGAAGUAGCGAUCGAGCUUCAGAAAGUGGCGGCUAAGAAAGCGGAGGAUCUGAAACUGAAGAAAACAGAGGAGGAGGAAGAUCUGAAAGAGGUGGCGGCGGAGGAAGAGGAAGUGAAGAAGAAAGAUUGUUUUAACGGCGAGAAAGUAACGGAAAAUGACGUAAACGGAGAUGUGGAAGACGUUGAAGAUGAUUCACCAACUAGUGAUAUCACUGAUUCAGGUUCUCAUCAAGAUGUUCACCAAACUGCUGCUGCGGAUACUACACAUCAGAUUAUAUGCCAGAGCCAUGAAGAUUGUGAUGCACGGUCAUGUGAGAUUAAGCCUAUCAAAGGUUUCCAAGCCAAAGAGCAAGUCAAAGGCCACACUGUGAAUGUUGUGAAAGGACUAAAGCUGUAUGAAGAAUUACUUAAAGAAGAUGAGAUAUCUAAAUUGAUAGACUUUGUGGCAGAACUCCGAGAAGCUGGCAUAAACGGGAAGCUUGCAGGUGAGAGCUUUAUACUGUUCAACAAACAGAUUAAAGGGAACAAGAGAGAGCUGAUUCAGCUUGGUGUCCCCAUCUUUGGCCAUGUUAAGGCGGAUGAAAACUCUAACGACACCAACAACUCUGUUAACAUUGAGCCAAUUCCACCACUUCUUGAGAGUGUCAUUGAUCACUUUGUCAAAUGGAGACUCAUCCCAGAAUACAAGAGACCAAACGGCUGUGUCAUCAACUUCUUUGAAGAGGGUGAAUACUCACAGCCUUUCCUAAAACCACCACAUCUAGAACAACCAAUCUCCACUCUUGUUCUCUCUGAAUCAACAAUGGCCUAUGGACGCAUUCUCUCUAGUGACAACGAAGGCAACUUCAGAGGACCUUUAACUCUUUCUCUCAAACAAGGAUCUUUGUUGGUGAUGAGAGGGAACAGUGCAGACAUGGCAAGACAUGUAAUGUGUCCAUCACAAAACAAAAGAGUAAGCAUCACAUUCUUUCGUAUUCGACCUGACACAUAUCAUAACCAUUCACAACCCAACAGUCCUCGCAACGACGGUGUAAUGACAAUGUGGCAACCUUACCAAAUGACACCAACUCCAUUCCUCAAUGGCUAUGAUCAUUCAAUUGACAUGAUGCCAAAACUUGGAGUCCUACGUCCUCCAAUGGUCAUGAUGGCACCACCACCAGUUCAACCAAUGAUAUUACCAAGUCCCAAUGUGAUGGGAACCGGUGGUGGUACCGGUGUUUUCUUACCAUGGGCCUCUGUUAAUAGCUCAAGAAAACAUGUGAAGCAUUUGCCUCCACGCGCCCAGAAGAAGCGAUUACUUCCGCUUCCUCCUGCUGCUUCUUCUUCUCCAGCUGGAGGAUCCACCUCUGAGCCUGUGAUCAGUGUAGUGUUAGAGAUCAAAGAAAAGAUUGAGAAGUAUCAACGUAUUCCUGUUUCGAAACAAACCCUUUUCUUCCAAGGUAAUAUUCUUCAAGAUGAUCUUGAUAUCGAACAAUGUCAGAUCCUCGACAACUCCCAUCUCCAACUCUUCAUAUCCUCUCCCGGUAACAAUGAUCAAAACCACAAUCAGAACCGCAACAGUCAAGUGUUCAAAACUGAGCAAUCUCCACCAUCAAACUCAACAGAACAGAUCAUUAAUGGUCAUCAAGAUUCGACAAUGCUAAUGGUGGGGAGCAAUAACAACAAUCCCCUGAAGAAGCUGAGAUUAAUGGUUCUGCCAAAAUGCGGGACCAGAAAGAUUCCGGUGGAGGUGAACGCGGGUGAUAACGUUGGAGAGCUGGCUAAGAUUCAACAGAGCGAUCAAGUGCUUCAUCAAUCUCCAGCACCGUCAAACUUAAACCAACAAAUCAUGCCGGUGAUGGUGAGUAGCAACAACAACAAUGAAUCACUACCGUCAUAUUCACUUGAUGAAUUACUUGGCAUUCAAGAUUUACCGCCUGUGACGGUUGGGGACAUAAGAAACAGGAAUAAAGUGGUUCAAGCCGAGAUUCGUAAGAAGGUGAUCAUCGAGAAACAGAGUGGCUCAUCGUUCACCAUUGAUAUUGCUUUCUCGGAUACAGUGUUAACGAUUAAACAGAAGAUCGAGAAGUCUCAAGGCAUUCCUGUUUCCAAACAAAGCCUAGUCCUCCACAAGGUUCUUCAAGAUCAUCUUGAUAUCUUUGAAUGUCACAUCCUUCACCACUCUCAUAUCCAUCUCUCCAUAUCUCCUGACGAUAACCCUACUCAUAACCAAGUGCCUCAAACCAAGCAAUCUCCAUCAAAUCCUAUUCAUGAGUUCGUUGACAAUCAAGAUUCUCCGAAUGGCAAAAAGAAUCAAGUGCUUGAUCAAUCAGGGAAACCUCCAUUACCGCCAAAAUCAAGUCCUUUGACGACGGAAAAGUUCAGUAAGAAACAACAAGAUCGGCCUGUGAUCACGAAGGUGGUGGCGAGGAGAAUCGACAAUGGAUCAUCACUACCGUCAUAUUCACUUGAUGAGUUACUUGCCCCUCAAGGUUCGUCGUCUGUGAAGGUUGGGAGCAGAAGAAACAGGGAUCAAGAAGUUCAAAACAGAGUAUCUUCAUCGUCAGACUCAGUCAUUAACAUUCCAGAUUCGCCUGCAAAGAAGAAGACCAAGACCAACCCGAGGAGGAUGGUAGUAAUGGUGCAGCCAUAUGGAGAGAGCAGUAGGAGUCUAGUGGAGGUUAACGCAAAAGAUAACGUUGAAGAACUGAGAAAAGAGCUGGUUAAGAUGCAAGAGACGGGUGAGUUAAAUCUGCCUCACGAAAGGUUUUACUUAAUACACAAGCAGGCUGUAUUACAUGAAGAUAAGUCAUUCUUGACGAACGGAGUUGCUUACGGAGAUACGAUUGAGAUUUUAAGCGCAUAUAUUACCAAACGCGGCUCCUACACCUACAAGUGGUUGAACUCUCUAUUGAUCUUGAAAAACACCAUUGAUACAAUGAAGAAGGUGAUCAUCGAGAAUCAGAGUGGCUCAUCGUUCACCAUUGAUGUUGCUUUCUGGGAUACAGUGUUAAUAAUUAAACGGAAGAUCGAGAUGACUCAAGGGACCCCUGUUUUCAAACAAACACUUAUCUUCAAACGCAAGGUUCUUCAAAACCAUCUUAAUAUCGUGGAUUGCCAGAUACUCCACAACUCUCGUCUCCAUCUCUACAUCUCUCCUGACGAUAACCCUACUCAGAACCAAGUGCCUCAAUCUCCAUCAAAUCCAAUUCAUGAGUUCGUUAACAAUCAAGAUUCUCCGGAGGGCAAAAAGAAUCAAGUGCUUCAUCAAUCAGGGAAACCUCCGUUACCGUCAAAAUCAAGUCCUUUGACAACGGAAAAGUUCGGAAAGAAUCAACAUGAUCGGCCUGUGAUCACGAAGAUGGUGGCGAGGAGAAUCGACAAUGGAUCAUCACGACCGUCAUAUUCACUUGAUGAGUUACUUGCCCCUCAAGGUUCGUCGUCUGUGACGGUUGGGAGCAUAAGAAACAGGGAUCAAGAAGUGCAAAACAGAGUAUCUUCAGCGUCAUACUCAGACGAAGAGGUUAUUAACAUUCCAAAUUCGCCUGUGAGGAAGAAGACCAAGAUCACGAAGGUCGUGGCGAGGAGAAUCCACAAUGAAUAUUCAUCAGGACCGGCAUAUUCACUUGAUGAGUUACUUGCCCCUCAAGGUUCGUCGACUGUGGCGGUUGGGAGCAUAAGAAACAGGAAUCAAAAGGUUGAAAACAGAGUAUCUUCACCGUCAGACUCAGUCGAAGAGGUCAUUAACAUUCCAGAUUCGCCUGCAAAGAAGAAGACCAAGACCAACCCGAGGAAGAUGGUAGUAAUAGUGCAGCCAUAUGGACAGAGCAGGAGGAUUCUAGUGGGGGUUAACGCAGAUGAUAACGUUGAAGAAAUGAGAAAAGAGCUGGUUAAGAUGCAAGAGAGGGGUGUGUUAAAUCUGCCUCAUGAAAGGUAUUACUUUAUACACGAGCAGGCUGUAUUGAACGAAGAUCAGUCAUUUUUGACGAACGGUGUUGCUUCCGGUGAUACGAUUGAGAUUUUCAGCGCAUAUGUUACCUAUCGCGGCUCCUACACCUACAAGGCCACAAGUGGUCGAACGUUUGAUCACUAAUGAGCUUAAACUCAGUGCAGUCUCCUCUUUGUCUUAUUGUUUUUGGUCUUUCUUCAAGUUUUUUUGCUUUGUUCAAAGUUCACAGCUUUCUCAGACAUGUAAUUACCAAUAUGAGCUGAAAGAAGAGAAACUAGUUCUUGUUGAGUUACUUUAAGCUCUGUGUCUAUUCUCCAGAAGAAAACAUUACGAUCAGAUGGUCUAAUUCACAUUUUUUUUAGUAUUCUUUAAUGAUGUGGCGUUACAGAAACAAGUAUAAAGAUCAAAUAUUGAA